AUGAGCCUGCGAUCCAGCUUGAGCAACAUCAUCCUGGGCGAGUCUUCCACCUCACAACACCCGCCCUCUGCAAUGUAUCCACCGCCAGGGCCACAGCAUUUCCCACCACCACACCAUCUUCCACUACCACAGCACUUCCCGCCACCACGAACGCCUUCACCCUCGUUCCGACAACCUUCACCAUCGUUGCAACAGCCUCUACCAUCCAUCCCCUGGCUCCUAAUCGACAAAGAAGAAGUCCGAAGCUCCCAGACCAACACCCCACUCUUCCACAUCACCCUCUCCGCCGCCCCAGGCUCGUGGUCCAGCAAAUCCUUGGUAACCCUAACCCGCGCGUCCACCGGCCUCCCACUCGGCAGCAUACGCAUCCGCUCCAGCACGGAAGUCAUCGAGCUCGAGGUCAACGGCGGGGCGACAACGAUGAAGGAGGACUCGAUGUGGGCGAGUUUUCGUUGGUACAUCCAUCCGGUUGUUUACCCAGGAGCCAAGUGGGUCUGGAGCGAGUCCAAGGGGGGGUUUAGGUUGACUGAUGGGGAUAAGAAUGGGCGGUUGCUAGCCACGGUUGAGGGAAAGACGUUGGUGUGCGAGAACGUUGGGUUGCCUGAGGCGGCGGUUGAUGAGGUUGUGUUGUCGGCGGUCGCUGUGUUGAUCAAGAAGAAGAGGCUUGGUAAGGAGAGGGAGGCCGUGGAGGGCUUUGGUGAGCUGGCUGGGGCGCUGGCUGGAAGUUGA